AUGGCAUCUUUUGGGGCUGAAUUCAACAGGGUUGAGUAUUCGCGUGAUUUGAGUGAAUACUGGCGUCGUAUUAAUGAAUCUCAGGGUUUUGAUAUUGAAGGUAUCGUAGGACCAAAGGGUAUGGUUACAUCUGGGCAGUUGAUAUCCUAUAAGUGUGAAGGUCUCGGAUCCAGUUGUUAUCCCUUUGGGCAAAAGGUUAAAUAUUAUGGGAAACUUGGUCUUCAUCGUUACAAUUUGAUUCAUGGUACAAACUUCGAACUACAAGAUUUGAUCAAAUUCAACAUGUGUUACGGUGGUGCUUCUUCUUUCUACAUCACGUUGGAGGCUCGUGAUAAAGUUACCAGCGGUCCGUUACAAAUCUUUCAGGUUUGUGCUGAUGAACAGGAAUUUGGCUGUCUGCAUGUGGUUUGUUCUAUUGCCCGUAUUAAAGGUGAUGAGACAACUAGUGUGUUUGCACCACCAGAAAUCUAUGAUUCAGUGCAUAGAGCAUUGCCUGAUUGGCCUUCAGAUGCUGAGAUGCAACGGCUUUUCAUGGUGGAUAGAUCAGAGUUGCUGAACACCCACUGGAUUCAUUUCUACCUCGAGCUUCUUCUUUGUAUUAAAUUUGGGAAUUUUUCAGAGGAAUUGAACGUCUCCAAUCUAGAAUUUGUGAAUGUGGUUAUAGAAACUGACAAUGAGACUCCGCUCAAGGCCAAAAGUUCAGUCCUCUAUAUAGUUUUUAGAGGACUGGCUAUUGAUGGUACUAACGAAUCAGUUGAACGGAAAGCUAUAAUCAAAAGCAUGUUCAACGAGCUUACUGGAUCUUUGACUCUCCAUGGUAUCGUAUGCAAAGGAGAACAUGAUGUGGCUCCUAUAAGUACCGAAGAGCACUUCAACAUUCCUCUCCCAAACGUCUCUUAG